CCGGGAAUACUUCACCACACACCAUGACUUACAGUCACUGCCUGUGUGCAGAGCGCGCGUAGUGAAAGUGAAAACCAAUCAUUGAAUGGUGAGUUACGUAAGGCUGUUGUGGAUUUGUUGACAGUUGUCUAGCCGUACUGUAACUUGGUAGUCGUGAAUAUACAUGUAGAAGACUACAUUAACAUCAACAUACCGCGCGAAUCUGUACUCGUGGUGCCGGUGCUUUCCAGGGGACUGACAGAGCGCGACAUGGCUCAACAAGUGCCGCCCCUGAAAUAACUACACGUGCAUGUACAUCAAGCUUCGUCUGUUCCUACUUAAAGUCACAUUACUGUAGGACCAAUUGGAGCCAAGUCAUAGCGUGACAGACAGGUGGUCACACCAGUGGACAAACACCAUGGGGCUUCUGGGGCAGUUUUGGUUGCUUAUGCUCAAGAAUCUUAAGCUGAGAUUACGAGCACCGGCAUUGACUUUGACUCAGCUGUUAUGGCCAGCGCUUCUGUUCAUCGUCAUCGCACUGGUUCGUACGCGAUUUCAGCCGGAAAGCAAGCCAAAUUGUGCCUAUGAUGCCAAAGCCAUGCCCAGCCAAGGUCUUGUGCCGUUCAUGCAGUCAUUCAUGUGCGAUCUCGGUACAACGUGCAAAGACCCUGAAAGUAUCAGCCCCAACGGCAGUGGGCUACCGGCUUACCACUCUCAGGCGAGACUUGCUCAGAUAGCAAACAGUCUGAGUCCCAUUGUCAACAACACCUCAACAAUCGAAUCACUGAAGAACCUCCCGCAGGUCAUCAAGCCUCUUGCUGAGCUCACUAACGGCUUGAACUCGGAAUCCUUGAAGAACUUUACAGAGCGGAAGUACCUUGUGAGUGAUUUCUUCCGUAAUGUCAGCGACGUCCGUCAAUAUCUCAAGGAAGAGGCAGGCCUAGAUGGAUCUGUUGUGGAUUCGUUGCUACAUGCUCAGCUGGAUGUUUAUCAACUUUUGGAGUUGACAGGCUUCAUUGAUUUCAAAGGAAUCGUGUGCAACAUCACUCGACUGCAAGAUGUCUUGACAUUCCCGCCAGAGGCUGAUGUGAAUGGAGUGUCUCAAGCGCUGUGUAAAGUGCAAGAUGAUCAGAUAUCGAUUAUCAUUGACAAGUUACAGACACAGCUGGAUGUACCAUAUCUCAUCAAUGAGUUCUCCGAGUUCCUGAAGGUUCUCGGUCAGACCGACUGGUCAGUCAUUCUGGACAACGCAGGCUCACUUCUGGAUCAGCUGCAAAACAUCGGCAACUUGGGGAACCUUGUGGAGGGGCUCCCUAACUUGCUAGAGAUUGUGAGGGCUGCACUCGCAUUGGUCAACCAGUUUGAGAUGGGCACCCUGGAGAGGCAACUAGAAAUAGUUGUUCAGUUGGUAGAAAGCAUCGACAAUGCUCAGCUGAUCGAUGCAAUGUGGUGGACGGAUGUGAAGAAUGUCAUAUCAAAAGGACACGAUCUUUUCAAUGUCGUGACCAAGUACCUGAGUUACUUCAAUGAUAACGUCAUCCCAAUCAAGGAUCUGUUCAGAAAUGAGACGACCAUCCGACAUCUUCUGGAGAAACAGUACGGCGUCACCAUUGACGACAUCAAGGCAAUUCUGCAGCUUCAGUUGAAACCGGACAAAAUCCCCGAGUUGUUGCAACUCUUGAUGAGCACGAGCCACCCAUCGGAGCUCUUCUGCUCACCAGCAGCGCUGAACAUCUCAGAAUAUCUCACUCUUCCUGGAGAUUCAUCCUUCAACAUUGGAGCUUUGCAAGAAGCCCUGUGUAAACCAGUCGCAAACGGCAACAAAGUUUUGGAUGUCUUAUUCAACAACACCGACAUUUUGCUCUUUGUGGAUCAGGUGAGUCAAGUCCUAAAGAGUCCACCAUCCCCCAUCCAAUGGGAUGCUCUUCUGGAUGACAUCUUGGUAAUCGUAGCAAGCAUCCAGGACAUGCCAGAGUUUCUGCAGAGCCUACCAGCUCUCCUGAGUGACUACUCUGGGUUGUUUGACCAAUCCUCACUGCUCCAGAACAGCUGGAUCCAGCUGCUUGCUGGCACCAUACAAGGGAACAUGACGGUAGAGGAGACCUUGCAAUAUUGGAGUGGAGAGCCGUUCGUUUCCAUCAUUCAAGGCGUUCUAUCGCAGACACCUGCCUGGCAAGAUAUCAAGUACCAACUGAUUACGCAAAAUAUGGCCCUGGACAUACAGCUACGGAUUCUGGACAUGUUUACUGGCGGCUUUUGCCCGGAGGGUUGGCAUAGCAACCUCACCUCCUGUUAUAAAUAUGUCCACGAGGUCACACGAAACAUGUCGGGUGCUCUGAUUGGCUGUCGGGAGCUCCAUCGCCGUGGUCACCUGGUCACUGUCAACCAUCAAACGGAGCAGAAAUUCUUGGAAAGUAUCGGAGAAGGCGACCUUUCCUGGUUGGGUCUAAUAUCUUACGGUCCUGACUAUUCCUACUGGAUUGAUGGAACAUAUGUCAUCUAUGAGAACUGGUUCCCGAUGGUCGGAACCACCGCCCAACCUCCUGUGUCUGUGCCAGGCCCGACGUGUGGCAAAGCAAACUUUGGCACGGACGGGCUGUGGCACCAUACUGACUGUGACAUGCCAGCCGGUAGCUACAUAUGCGAGGCAGUACAAGAUCACAAGCUGGUUCAACUUCUGCGGGAGGAUCCUAUGAGUAAAGUCACCCGAAUGUUGCUGGAUCUGGGCCCGCAUGUCACUGAGGCAAUCUUCCGGUCAUUUAUCAACGCGUCGUUCAUUGAGGCACUGGUGCAAAUGCCUCCUAGUGAACAAGCGAGGGCGCUGUGCUUGAUCGACUUGAGUAGCUUGCCGCCCUCGGUUGAUGUGGCUAUGGUCAGACAGACGCUCUGCAAUCUGAACGUGACAGAGAUAUUAGCUGAGCAGAUGCACUACUGGCAGGUCCCUGCAUUGCAGCAACAGAUCAUGGAUUACAUAACGCUAUUGACAGCCGGUCCAUUCAACAUCUCACCUGCGUACUCCCACUAUGCCAAUCUCUCUGCCCUCGUCCAUAAUUACAAUCGUCUGAACGAGGCCUGGGCCGACGUCUUUGCACGACCGGUGGACCUCCAGACAAUCCUGGAGUGGUAUGGCAAUGUGGGCAAUCAGACCAAGGAAUGGGAGGAUAUGAUUGAGAGGGUCUGGAAGUCCCUGGCUGGCCCUAAUAUGCCCAGCUCAGCCAAUGCGAGCUUGGCGGAUCUGCUGGACAUGCUGAACAUCCAGCUUGAGCAGAUACUGAGCCAGCUGGAGCCAGCCCUCAACAGUUCUAUGGACUGGAGUGUAGUCAAGGAGCUGAUUGCAAUCGGUCAGAGCUUCCUGAUUUCUCUGCCAGGAGAUGAGGCAUCACUGAACCACCUGUUCCAGAAUGAGAGUUUGUUGCUAGAGUUCUUGUCUAAUCAACUGAACCAAUCGGCUGAGGAAAUCCAGAGGCUGUACCAGGCAUUUGCAAAGCUUGCAAAUCCCUCCGCUGGAACAGAUGAAUGGGAACGUCUUCUGGAGGAACUUCUCCGCCUCACGUCUGAUAUCCAAGACCUACCCAGCCUCUUCCAAAGGCUGCCAGAACUCUUGGGCAUCGUCCAGCGACCGCUGAAUUUCUCCGGCGAGUGGACCGGCCUGGCUGGCUUGAUUCAAGGCAACAUGACGGUGGCAGAAUUCCUGCAGCACCAAAGCACGGUGGAUUUACUGGAAGCCUUGGACAUGCAGUUCGGCAUGCCGUCACCGAUGUGGUGGACAACGAUCAAAGAUAUCAUCUUGCGAGGAGAGAGCGUGCUCAGUUCUCUACUCGCACAGGUGGACAAAUACCAAGGACCUCUGACUAUUGGGAAGCUGUUCCGUAGUGACUCUGCCUUCAGAGAUUUCUUCCAGAAUCAACUGAACCUCACCCAAGCAGACGUUGAGCUGCUGAGAAAAACCAGCAUCGAUAUGGACAAGAUGGUUGAACUUCUUCUGCACUUGGCCGUGAACCAGCAAAAUCCAGCUGACCUUUUCUGCACUGGUAACCAGAACUUGCUAGAUUACCUCCUAGUGCCAGAUAAUGCAUCCAGCGUAGCGGGGUUGGCCGGUUCCCUGCAAACAGCGCUCUGUCACCUUAGCAACGGUAGCUCCAAUGCCGACGCAUUCCUGAGGACACUUUUGGCAGAACUUGACUUGACGAUGCUUUCUGAUGAGCUGAGCGCUGUCGUGGGUCGUCCCGUGGGUACCAUCGACGACUGGGGUCUACUGUUACAGAAGGUAGCAAACAUUUCUGUGGACAUUCAGAAUCUCCCGAGCUUCGUCAACCAGCUGCCUUCCCUCCUCAACAUCUUCCAGCGUCCUCUGAAUUUCGCUGGAGACUGGAGCGGCAUAAUCAGCUGGCUCAGCGAUGACCAGACUUUCCUUGAAGCAAUGCAGCAAUUUUACUAUGGAAUGUAUCCCCAGCUUUUCCAGAACUAUUUGUCCAUGACUGAAUUCUGGCCAGCCAUACAGCAGCAGUUGAUCAUUCAGAACCUUGCCAUGGAUCUGCAGAUUGCAUUACUCCAACCUUUCAUUGGCGGUACAUGCAGGGCUGGUUGGCAGGGGGAACAUACUACCUGCUUUCGCUAUGUGAAUGAGAGCAGUGACUGGUACUCCGCCUACCUCCGUUGUGAUGCCCUUCAUCCAAGGAGUCAACUUGCGUACAUAACUGACGAGUGGGAACAGCGGUAUCUUGAAAGCAUUGGUCGAGAUGAGCUAUCUUGGAUCCUCCAAGGUUCCUUCUUUGGAUUAAGUUAUGAGAACUGGGCACCCGGAUCACAGUUUGCAGACUUUUACUGUGGUGCCGCAAACUUUGGGACGGAUGGAUUGUGGCAACAACUCGACUGUAGUGCCAACUUGAGCAGUUUGAUAUGUCAAAUGCCGCAAGAUCAUAUCCUGGUCAAACUCUUGAAGGAGCAGCCGUUUGUGAAUGCCACAAGAACCCUGCUAGACCUCGGUCCUAACGUCACCGAAGCAGUCAUUCGAUCACUCCUCAAUGCCACCAAGUUACAGAUGCUUCUGGACGUGAAUCUGGAGGACCAUUCGACGCUUCUGUGCAGUGAGGGCUUUGUGGAUCUUCAGCCGUCCGAUGCUUGGGUCAGACCAAAACUUUGUAGCCUGGACCCGUGGACCUUACUGCAAGAACAGUCUUCGUUCUGGAACGUGCCUGAAAUUCAAGCAGCGUUUGAGAGAUUGCAGGCAUUCCUUUCACACCCCAACAUGACGGCUAUCCCGCCCGAGUACGUGCCGUACGCCAAUAUCUCGGCGUAUUUCAUCAAGAACCGGCAGUUCCAGUUGAUACUCGAUGACGCGAUCUGGCGACCCUUUGACCCGGAGCUUCUUUGGACGGACCCCAGCAUAACUGUGACGGGAAGCGGCGCGGAAUGGCAAGCCAUGUCGACCAGGAUCCAGGCCCUGCUGAACCAGAAACAACUAGAGAUGUUGCUGGAAACGGCGACUGGCAGCGGUACUUCUAUGAUGAACAUGGAAGCACUCCAAUAUAACAACGCUGUCCUCCAAUUGGCCAACACAGUCCUGAAUGCAACCAAUGAGCUCAUCGGCAUCGCAAUAACGUUCGGACAUAGACAAGCUUCCAGUAUCAUAUUGCCAGAGCUACAACGCUUUUUGCUUGGCGUUAUGGGAUUGAUUGACGAUGGCCCAGAACUACUCGGAGCUCUUUCCGCAACCUGGAACGACCCUUCUAAGUAUUCCGAUUUGAUUGGGUCGCCCGACGUGAAAGCAUUGUUCUGUGACAGCACCCUCCGGCAGACUUGGCUAAACAGCAACGGUCAGUUCGUCAACACCACUGCCUUGGACGAGUAUCUGUGCAAGGUGAACUUUGACCUGCUUGCAGAAGAGCUGAAAUACGCAGUCUACUACGACGAAAUUGUCGCACAGUUCAAUGCAAUUCAAACUGGAGACUUCAACACAACAAACUUGGGCUCAGUCAGCAUUGCGGAUCUCGUGCACAACGUUGAAAUCCUGCAACACAACCUACAAAUAGUCCUUCCCUGGACCAUAGAUGCCUUCGAUGAGCGCUACAACCUGACCGCUUUGGCUACCAUGGCUGAGGCACUGUUCAACACAGUGCUGAUGGGUUUCAGCAAUGUUGACGUCAUCAACCAACAGAAUGAGGUGGAUCUAGGGAAAAUACUUCAAUUCGUGCCAGGGCUGAAGAUGGUCUUAGACACACUGGAUGCUGGCGGAGUGGCAGAUCUGAAACAAGUCCAUGCCUACAUUGCCUUCAUGAACCAAUUCCUUGACAAGGCAAAAGAGACAACUUGCCGUGAUGGUUGGCAGAGACAUGACCAAUCCUGUUACAAAUACAUGAAUGAGUGGCUCAGUUACCACAACGCAUCCCACAAAUGCUUCCAACAAACACAGAGUGAUCUACUGAUCGUGGGCAGCGCAGCCGAGCAGACGUUCCUGGAGAAUUAUGGACCAAACGCAGAUGUUUGGAUGGAUACGUACCCUCCCUUCACCUAUCAGAACUUUGCCUUUCCAAACUUCACUGAAUAUACGGGUUGCAAGAAGGCCAACUUUGGUGGUGACGGUCUAUGGUACCCCGCACCUUGCACUGACAUGCACACCUACAUCUGUGAAGCCGUACCAGAGCUGAAUCUAACGCUGGGACUGCUGCGUCCUUUGACCAACGACUCAUCCAUCAAUCGUAUCAUCGACGCUCUAGAACAGACUCUAAGUGCAGAGACAGUCAACGCAAUACUAGCUUCACCCAUCGAUCCAUUCCAGUUGAGUAGCGUGGUUGCUGGAGCUGACUGGCGGAAGGCGGUUUGCGACAUUGACUCCUUGAGGGCGCUGUUCAUGUCUCCUGAUUCCUUCAAUGUGACGCAGCUCAGCGAGGUUCUGUGCGGCGAUGCCUUUAUGGAGACACUGGUUGCUUUGACAAACAACACGCACGUGCUGGAGCAACUGCUCAAUGAUAUUGCUUCCUUGCAAGCCAGUGAAUUCAACUCCUCAGCCUUCAUCCGUGACGCCCAGACCUUUCUGCGGCACAUGGCAUCACUGAGCAAGUACAAGGUCAACUCUUACCUCCCCCUCAUGUCCAAUCCCUUCGCAGAAUACACAGGGUUCAACCAGUCGGCAUGGCAACAGGCCUGGUCCGUGGAAACACUUCUGUCCUCCCUUGAUAACAUUGACAUGGGCCUCAUCAAUCAAAGCUGGUACAGGGACGUGACAAAGGAAAUCCGAUCCGUGGCCUACUUCACCGAAUAUUUCGCAGACAGAAUUUUGGUUCUGCAAGGCAAACAUUUGGUGUUUCCUGAAAUCCGUAACUUGCUGGCCAAUAUUAGCGAGAUUGAGAGAGCUUUUGAAGUCGUGACUGGCUUCAGUCCUGAGCUGAUUGAUGCGUUAAUGAGCCUCGUCGUGAAACAAGACAAGCUGCAAGAGUUCCUUAGCUUUCCAAACCCCUUGGCUGUUCUGUGUACUGCUGGGAAUUUCAGCUCCUACUUCGUGCUGCCAGCCAAUUCCAACACGGAUCUCGCCGCUCUAGAGAAUGCUGUUUGCUCAGUGGACUUGCUGAAAGUCCAGAUGGAGUUUCUUCAGGUCGUUCCCAUUGAUACUUUCAUGAAUCAGUUUAUGGCCUACGUCGACACGAGCCCCUCAGACAACCUGUCAGCGAUCGCCCAGCGAUUCAUCGUCCUGUAUGAGAAGACCCAGGCGUUCAUUGCAGACCCAUUCACUGUGAACAUCAACGAGACUUGGCUCAACGACACGUUCCAUGAGGUGGUGCAGGUCCUGCAGGUCUGGGGGAUGAACCAAGCCCAGAUGAAUCCAAAUGACAUCAACAGUGUGGUACCUGCGCUCCAACAGCUUGAUGCACAGUUUAUGAAUGAGUCAUGGUGGAAUGACAUCAAAGGUCCACUCAAGGAACUAACGUCGAUUCUGGACUAUGCCAACAUGAAACUCGCACCUCUCCCAGGAGGAAAUUUCACUUUCUUUGACAUCCUGCCUGCCACUACGGCAGACUUGCUUCAGAGGCUGAUGGAAGAUUUCCCAGAAAUUGUCGGCGCUCUGUCGCAAUCCUAUGUCAAUGUGACUAAGUUGGAAACAUUGACCGGAGCCAAUGACUUGGUCAACCUCCUUUGUGACAACUCUACCGGCAUGACAGAGCUGAUUGAAUUCCUUCCCGGUGUGAACACAACGGCCAUCAACUCGGUGCUCUGUUCCUUGGACUACGUUCUCCUCGCCUCAGAGUGGACCCAAGAACUUGUUUUCUUUGAGGAGCGCCGUAAUCUGCCUCUGAACUGGACAGCCUCCUAUGAUUCUGCUAUGUCAUUGGUCCAGACUUUGAUUAACCUCGUCCAAUCACCUCCCAAUCUGCUGAUGUACGAUGCUGAUUGGUUCAGCGCAAAACUCAGACAAACGGAAGCAAUUCUGGCAUCUCUGUAUCCUGCGAGUAGCGACAUGUACAUAUCUGGAGAUGAACUUGACAACCUGCUGCUAUUCAUUGACAGCGCUCUCUCUGGUAGAGGUGAAUUCUACAACAGCUUCAUCAUGCAGUACCGACUUGAGGACUACAUUAAUCGAUUCCUGAUCGACCAGAUACCAAUGUUUGUUGGACAAAAGUGGACCUUUCCUUCACUGGAAGGGCUGUUUGCUGACUCUGACAAUGUGAGGAGUUUGUUUGUUCUUUGGGACGUGGCACCCGAUGUCGUGGAUGUGUUCUUGUCUCUCAGUAUUCGACCAGAGAUGUGGUCAGUGUUUUGGGAGACGCCAGACCCUAUUGCAACUCUCUGCACCAACAAUCAGUUUGCCUCAUUCUUCGAGCUCCCGCAGGGCAGCCCGUCGAAUCUCACUGCACUCCAGGAGGCCGUUUGUGCCGUCAACUUCACCCUGGUUCCGCUAGAGCUAGCCAACCACUUCAAAAUCAGCCAGAUCCAGGCUGAUCUGGAACAGAUCAUCAUUAAUGACCCGAGCCUUGGGCCGUUCAACUGGACCUCCUGGAUGGAAAACAGGGACCGUUUGGCGGCGAUCAUUGCGGACCUAGUCUCCAUGCCACCCGAGAUUAUCCUGGACGAAGCUUGGUGGAAUACGACAGAGCCGCAACUGCAGGACGUCAUCAACAGCUGGCUUGUGAACCUGCAACAGAUGGCCGCAGACAACCAAGUCAACAAUACACUGAAUCUUCUUCAAGGACUGGAAGCCUCAUUGAGAUCAGCCGGAGCUUGGGAGGCUGUCAGGCCUUAUCUAGAGAUCUUCACUCUCUCCCUGGAAAGCGCUGCUAAUCAGUUGCGCCAACAAGUUCAACUUCAAAUGGGCCUGGCCAACACCACUGCUAUAGAUUACUUAGUGAACAGUCUGAGCGUCAUGCCAGACCAGCUCAAGGCUUCUCUGGCAGACAGUGCCUUCUCUGUGUUUGCGCUGGCAGAUAUCUACAACAGAGGAUGGUGGGACUUUGUGUUCUGCAACAGUUCAAUAUUCGAUACAACCUACCAUCUUCCGCCCGCAGUAAAUUCAACAGCCGUGCAGCAGGCCAUGUGUGAGCUCAACCAAACCGAAUUCUUUAGUCACGCGUCUGGGAUCUACAACAUUGAUGUGCUGAGACUGCAGCAACAGAUUGGGGUUAUCCUAGGUCAGCAAAGUGGAUCGAUGGCUAACUUUGACUGGGCUCAACUUGGAAGAUAUGUUGAGGAAAUGAUGGCUCUACUGACCGAGUUACAGCGCAUCCCUGAAGUCAUGCAUGGAGAUGCCAUACAGAAUGUGACGCUACUACUUGAAGCUCUCAAUAACCAGGGACAACAGAAUUUGUUACUCCUGAUCCAAGUUCUUGAAGACAUUCGGCCGUACUUCCAAGACGACACAAUUGUGGUUCAGAUUCGUGACUCUUUCUACGCAUCCAUUAACUUGUCCAAUGCGCUUAACAGCAACGGCAUGCAGCUGGAUGCUCUGCCUCAGCUGGAAGCCAUAUUGAAGCAAUUGGAUCUAUGGCAUAGCGUCAGACCCUACUUGGAGUUUGCUAACGUAAUCCUGGAUGGAAUCAACACAGACCUUCAUCAAGGAGGUGAAGCCAUACCAGCAUUCUUGUACAACCGGACUGUACUGGAUAGGUUCUUACAAGAGGCACUGGGCACAGCCUCCCCUGAGUUAGCAUUGCAAAUUGUAGCGGAUAGGUUCCAUCCAAUAUCGGAGUUGGCGUACCUUCAUCUUUCUGGUAACUGGGAGGAGAGGUUUUGCUCGCCAAUUAACUAUCCCCAUCCAAGUUACUACCCCCCAAAUUUGAAUGAAACGGCCCUGAGAGAGGAGCUUUGUCAAUUGGACCGUGUGGAAUUCUUUGGAAAGCUCGAUAACAUCACAGGGGUGGAUGUACUCAGCCUGAUGCGAUCAUUCUUUGAAAUUGCGAACCACUUACCUGCCUCAAACGACACCUCAGCCAACUUUGAUUGGGAUGGAGUGGUUGGCAAGGUGGAAUCCAUCAUGGCCGCCCUGCAAGGCAUCCUGGGAUUGCCUGGUAACCAUGGCAAUGUGACUGAAGCCUACCUUCUGUUGCAGGAACUUCAAAACGGGUUGGUGACGUUCAACCAGAAACUAUUGGUUGAAGUGUUGGGACGUCUUGACAUCGUGAUGAACCAGGAGGGGGUGUGGUCUGAAGUGCAGGAAGCUGUUGCCAUGACAACACACAUUGUGAAAUUGUACAAUCAGCAACUGGAACUACUAGCAGCAUCUAAUUACACCCUGGAUGGGGUCUUCAAGCCAACUGCACAGGAUUUCCUUGCCCAGUACCUGGCCCCGGAACAUGUACAAGCACUGAUGAGAGCGUCCAUCAACCCAAUUGUAUUCAAUCCUGCAUUGCUCGCUAUUCUGACGCAACCUCAACAGUUGGCGUCCAUCCUAAGCAACCCAGCUGUAUUCGAUCCUGCAUUGCUCGGUAUGCUGACGCAACCUCAACAGUUGACGUCUAUCCUGUGCAACCCAGCUGUAUUCAAUACGUUCAUCCUUCUCCCACCGGGAACCGACUCAGCUACUAUACAGGGCGCCCUCUGUAGUCAGGCCCAGACCAACCCAACCUUCCUCACCGAUCUUGUUGCGAUGUUCAAUAUUGACCAAAUUCAGAAAGAGCUUGAAAGUCUCUUCAUGAACGGCACCAACUCCAGGAACUUCACGGACAUAGACUGGCAACAGUCCAUGCAGGAGUUUGAGCGUCUCAUCAACAAUUUCGUAGGUCUGGCCACACGUGACUUCCUAGGGGAUUUCCUGACUCAGUGGCUGGCCAUGUCUGUACCCAUGGAAAAUCUGCCUCACAUGCUGAUGAACGUAACUGUCGACUACACCAGCGCGUGCCAGGCACUGACCCCUGAACUCCUGAACACCACAGCAUGGCAGACUCUGAUUAAGCCUUCAAUGCUUUCCACCAAUCUGGCCAUGGAAAUCAUCCAAGACUUGGUCUUUGCUCUGCCAAAAUAUCAGGAAGAUUUUCAGACACUCAUCAACGACAUGACAGCGGUUGUUGAACUGUUGACGGUUUUCACUGAGGUUGAGAGCGACAUCCUGCAAUCAGGCGCGGUUGUUCUUCUUGACCCUGAUCAAAUGUCAAGGGCCAUUGACCUUUUUCACCGUGUCGUACAAGGGGAAAUUCCUAGAGGCAUUGUCUGCAAUGAGUAUACACUCUCUCAGGUCACUCACGGAAACGCCACCCAUCUGAGUAAACUGUUCUGUGGAGUGGAGAAACUCCUGCAAACACAUGCUGUACAGGAAGUCCUGAGGAUUGUGGGAUUUGAAAACAUCUUACCCAAGAUAACUACUCUAUUUAGUGCCGAUCCGACAAACUACGAGCCCUUUGACUGCCCGGCGUUUGCCAUGAACAGUCAGAAUUUCAUCAUGAAGUUGUGGAUGCUCCCUUCGGAAUACGCCAACUUCUUCAGUUCGUUCCAGCGACCCGAGUACUUUGAUCUGUUCGAAGUGCUGCCUCAGAUUCUAGCAAACACAACAACUGAGGAUUUUGAAAGCUUGACUGAGCUCUACCAUCUUCUGCAACCUCUGAUUGGUCCUCUGCUUGACAACGGUUUCCUGGACAACGCCACAAAUAUAGACGUGUUGCUGCCAUAUUUGGAGUUGAUAGAUGCAUAUCUGAUAUCCCAAUUAGAUCAGACAGGCUUUGUGGAGUUGAGUUCUCUUUGGAGUAACGCUUCAGUAGUCAGGGAGUACCUUGCAGCUAUUGCAGGAUUCAGUCCCGAUAUCAUCGAUGCCAUCAUCAACAAUAAACUCAACAUCUCAACACUUAUCCUACUCCAGGGUAACGUCAGAGAUGAGCUGUGUACAAACAUGUUAUUCACCCGACUGUUUGUCUUCAACGAUACGGCCACUGCGUCAGAGGUUCAGACCUUGGUCUGCCAAUCUCUCAACAGCACCGACAUCCUGGAAUUCCUUCAGGGGUCACUCAACGUCACUGAGCUCAUUCAGGCUGUGAGUGUUUAUUUCAUAACAUCCUCACCAAUGGACGUGACCCUCCCGGAGUACAUGGACCAGCUACUGGAAGCCCUGGCAACUCUGUCGGCUCUUGACCCGGCCAUCCUUGACCGCUUCCUGACUGACCAGUGGCCGUCGCUGACGGACGGACUCGUUAACACCACGGAGAUCAUCCAGCUGGCCAUGAGUGCCAAAGACCUGAUCAGCAUUGCUAAGAGCUUGCAGCCUGUGAUUGAUGUCUUACGGCCGGCGUUGGGCAACGAUUCAACUUUCCAGAUGAUAGAGAAACUCUUGGAUUCUCUCAACAGCCUUGAUGGCUUGCUGGACCUCCUCAGCAAGCUUCCAGAUCUUUCACUGCGCAAGCUCUUUAAGGACCCAGAUGAUGUGUAUGAGUUUCUGGUGGCAGAAGUGGGAUUCUCAGACCAGGCAGCAUCUGAUCUGCUUUCAGCUUCUUUGAGCCUGGAAGUGGCGCCGUCUUUGAACUUUACCGCCAUCAACACCAUUGCGUGCGACGAGACCGAACUGACCAAGCUCAUCACAUUCCCGAAGGGUACCAACGUCACCGGUGUCCUGCAGACGCUGUGCACGCUGGACUCUGAGCAGCUGACUGUUGCCUUGGAGGGGGUGAUCGAGAGAAUGUCCAUUGGCGCGGUCAUCGAAGAGCUGUUGAUGUACAGCUUCAAGGAGAGGUUUGGCAACACCACAGCCUCGCUAGGCGACCUAUCCAAUGCAGCUGCAGACUUGAACGCCAUCCAAGAGUCUUUCCAGACCAUCAUGACCGAGUUCCAGUCCCUGAACUUCAGCUCUUUGGCGAUCGAUGAAAUCGUUGACUCCAUCAUGGGCAACGCAGCCGCUCAAGCAUCCACUUCAGCCAGUCCCUUGUCUGAAAUGGUCUGCGGAAAGGGGGUCUCCAUUAACCCUCUCUCGGCAGACGAUCUGUCAUCCGUGGCCAGAAGGAGGAAGCGAAGUGAUGGGCGGAGCCGAAUGAAACGGGAGGACCAGUUCGAAAAAGUACCAGGAAGCACCCCAUUCUGCAGUUCCCUGUACGACGCCAUUCAAGCUGGCGAGAACGGCCGUCUUAUCUGGCGUUACAUCAAGCCAAUUCUACUGGGCAAGAUCCCAUAUGCUCCCAACAGUCCUGCCGCGGCCAAGAUUAUCAAAGCAUCUAAUUUCCUGUUUGAGGAGAUAGCCACAAUCCGUGAUGUGGCUGCGGCUUGGCUGGCUGGCUCUGCAGAUCUGAACACACUGAUUGGCAGCAGUCAGUUAAGCCUUAUCAAGGAUUUCGUGGCCAACUCCUACACCAAGGAGAUCCUACAGGACCAGCUUGGGCUGGACGCUGACCUCAUCGCGUCGCUCCUGGACAGUGACCUGGUAGCAAUCUCAGCCGACGACCUGGCUAUGAUUGACGAGAUGGCCGAGCUAGUGGUCAACUUGACCGGCUGCGUUGAGCUGAACCGGUUCAUACCGUACCGGACCGAGAGCUUCAUGAAGGCAGUCGCUCAGAGAUUGAGCCGGAACAACACUCUCUUUGCAGGUGUUUAUUUCAGCAAUCUGCAGAAUGCCGAUAGCCUGCCCCCGCACGUGCAGUACAAGAUCCGCAUGGACAUUGAGAACACUGCAGAGACCAACCGACUCAAAGACAAGGACUGGAGUGCAGGUGCUAACAAUGAGCUGUUGAAUCAAGUUUACACCCGAGGGUUCAUCAUCCUGCAAGACAUCAUUGAGAAAGCAAUCAUCCAACUACAGACCAGCAAUGACACGGCCAAGCCGGGGGUCUACUUGCAGCUCAUGCCCUACCCAUGCCACGUCGUCGAUCGGUUUGUGGAGCGUUUUGGCUAUCUAAUUCCUCUCGUUAUGGUCUUUGUUUUCAUCGGAGCCAUUGGUUCAAUGACACAUCAGUUGGUAUAUGAAAAAGAACUCGGAAUUGAAGAGCUAAUGAAAGCCAUGGGCCUGCGGGCUGGCCUCAACCUCCUGUCCUGGUUCCUGAACAACCUCAUUCUCAUGGCCAUCAUGUGCGCACUCAUGGUGCUCAUUCUCAAAGUGGGCAACAUCCUGCCCUCCUCUGAUUGGUCGCUUCUCUUCUUCUUCCUGAUGUGCUUCUCGUUCUCUCUCAUCAUGAUGAGCUUUCUGAUCAGCACCUUCUUCCAGAGAGCACAUGUUGCUGCGUUUGCCACUGUGUUGGUCUUCAUAAUAUCCUACGUGCCGUACGUUCCUUACAUCAUUUUGGAGAGGAGUUUUGGAAGUUUCCAUGAGACCUUCCUGAUUUCAUUGAUUUCUACGUGUGCGUUCACCCUUGGUUGCAAUGAGAUCGCUGUAAAGGAAGCGCAGACGGUCGGUGUGCAGUGGAAUACCUUCGGCCCUGACUUCCAGCAGUUCGGUAUGUUUAACUUCAACUGGAAAUGUGUGGCGAUGCUAUGGGAUGGAGUCAUCUACUUCCUGAUCGGCUGGUAUAUCAGCUCUGUCUUCCCAGGACGCAAUGGUGUGCCCAAGCCGUGGUAUUUCAUCUUCGUUCCCUGCUACUGGUCCAGCUGCUUCAGUUGCAACUCAGACUCGGGCAGCGGCAAGAACUACGCCGAUGGCAGCAACAACAGUCGUGUUGCCACAGAUCCAGAUGUUGAGAUGGACCCAACCAACGUUCCCUGUGGCAUCUCCAUUGUGGGCCUCACCAAGAAGUACAACAAGAAGAAGAAAGCCGUGGAUGACCUGACCCUCAACUUCUAUGAGGACCAGAUCACGUCCUUCCUGGGGCGAAACGGUGCCGGCAAAACCACCACUAUUUCCAUCAUCAUGGGUCUGUUCCCGGCUACGAAAGGCAAGGUGUACAUCUACAAUAAGGACGUCAUGAGACAACUUCACAGUAUCCGCAAGGAUCUCGGAGUGUGCCCCCAGCACGAUGCGCUCUAUGACCAGCUGACAGUGCGGGAACAUCUCGAGAUGUAUGGUCGCUUGAGAGGAAUGUCUCUCAAAGACAUCUUCCAACAGUCAGAAGAUCUCAUCGCCGAUGUGGACAUGCAGGACGCAGCCAAUGAGAAGGUUUGCAAUCUCUCCGGGGGCAUGAAGAGGAAACUAUCCGUCAUGAUUGCGUUCCUUGGAGGAUCCAACAUCGUCAUUUUGGAUGAGCCCACUAGCGGGGUGGACCCACAUGCCCGUCGAGCCAUCUGGGACCUGAUCAGCAAGAACAAGAAAGGUCGUACCAUCCUCCUGUGCACUCACUUCAUGGAUGAGGCAGAUCUCCUUGGCGACCGCAUCGCCAUCUUGGACCACGGCCAGCUGCGUUGCUGCGGCUCCUCUGCGUUCCUCAAGGGCCGCUUCACCAGCGGCUACACACUCACCAUCGCCAAGGAGUUGCCUAGCAACCAGUCCACCCCGGAGACCAUGAGAAAGUUGACGGACGGUGCCAGUGACCCGGCGGACUACAAUCGGAACACGGCAGUGGACAACGUCUACGUGGAAAUGACGACCCUGAAGAAACCAGAGGCAGCCCAAGAUCACGCUAGCACCAGCUCCCAAGAUCACGCUAGCACCAGCUCCUCCAGUGGUGUUUCCUCAUUUGUGGAACCCUUCAAUUGCGCCAAGGUGACCUCAUUCAUCCAGUCUCACAUCCCAUCAGCCGUGUUGAAAGAGGACGUGGGCACAGAGGUGUCCUUCACCCUACCGGUCAGUUUUGGCCAGACUGCAAAGUUCCAGGGACUGUUUGAAGAGCUGGAUGCUAAGCUGCCUGAACUACAUGCCUCAAGUUAUGGCCUGUCAGAUGCAUCACUUGAAGAGGUUUUCUUGAACGUUUCCAGCCAGGACGAAGGUGAAACUGACGGACCCAAGGAUAAGACUAAGAUGGUUCCUGAGUCCACCAUGGAGAGUGUCCAGGUCAGCUACAACAUGAAGCCUUCGACCCUGCAUCAGUUUUUGGCCAUUCUGACCAAGCGUUUCCACUACACCAAGCGUGAUUGGCGAGGAUUCAUCUGGGCUCUUCUCUUGCCCAUGCUCUUGCUCCUGUUGGCUGUUGUUUUUGGGACCCUCAGCUCUGGGGAGACGAACCCGCAGCUUCACUUUGCACCCUCGCUGUACAGGCCUGACGACUAUGUCUUCUUCAGCAACAGCGAUUCCCGGACGGCGGAUGGAACAAAAAUGACGAAUGCUCUGUUCAGUGCACCUGGCCUGGGAACAACAUGCAUGAAUGACUUUGAAGAUGGCACCUGUCACUUCACGGAAGCUUUCUUCAAGAACCCAAUCUCCAGCUUGUCCCCAGCUGAAAUUGAAGAAAUUCUGGCCGUUGAUCGCGCGGCCCCAGACUGCUCAUGUGCAAACAGCUUCCUGGAGUGCCCAGAGGGCGCUGUGGGGGCUGCACCACCGCAGUGGAUAAUGAACACCACGGAUAUUCUGCUGGAUGUCAGCUUGAAGGCAGACCUCAUCAAGUACCUGCUGAGGUCCACUGAGGACUUCCGAUUCAAGAGGUACAACGGGCUUACCCUGCACAGCAAACCCACAGGAGACACACAGGAAUUUAUCAAGGCGUGGUACAACAACAAGGGGUUCCAUGCUAUGCCCAUUGCACUGAACACCGCCAACAAUAUCAUUCUGAGGUCCUACCUGCCCCCCGGCCAAGACCCAGCAACAUAUGGUAUAUCAGCGUAUACUCAUCCCUUUGAGUUUUCUGGAGAGGGUCUCAGCGUACGAGACAUUUGGGACCAAACGGCCCAGAACUUUGGCAACUGUCUCAUCAUAGUGCUUGCCUUCUGCCUGAUCCCGGCCACCUUUGCUACGUUCCUGGUCAUGGAGUACAACAACGGUUCCAAGCGUCUGCACUAUGUCAGCGGGGUCACUCCGACGGGAUACUGGCUGGCUAACCUUGUCUGGGAUAUGUUGAUGUACCUGAUACCCAUUGGUAUAAGUCUCAUCAUCGUCUGCGCGUUUGGAAUGCAUGCCUUUAGCUCAUCCAGUAACAUACCAGCAUUCUGCCUGCUGUUGUUCCUAUAUGGUUUUGCCACCGUCUGCCAGCUGUAUGUCCUGGUGCCGCUGUUCAAGUCAACAGGCACAGCUUUUAUCGUCUACUUUUGCCUGACGUUCCUGGUCGCUAUCCUCACCAUCAUACCCAAAUUCCUGCAGGAGUCGCCUCUGGGUGGUGCAAUCAGAGAGCACGAUGCCUUCUACUACCUGGACCACAUCUUCCUGAUCUUCUCCCCAUUCUGUCUGGCCUCGGGACUCAUCGAGCUCCUCUACAACCAAGCCGAGGCAGACAUCUACGCCACCUUCGGCCUGAACACUUACCGCGAUCCCUUCGGCUUCAACAUGCUGGGCUGGAAGUUUGUCGCCCUGGCCAUUGAGGGCGUUGUUGCAUUCCUGCUGCUGAUGAUCGUGGAGAGCUCCAGCAGACGUAGAAGUGGGGAUUGCAAGUCAGGAUCACCGGAUCACAAUGGCGUUGAAGAUGAGGAUGUUGCCAUGGAGAGGCAGCGCUUAGUGUCUGGAGAUACCAAGAACGACUUGGUUUGCAUCCAGAAUCUGACCAAGGUGUAUCGAUCUGUCAACAACUCGUCUUUGGUGGCAGUGGAUGAUUUGUGUGUCGGCAUUCCUAAGGGACAGUGCUUUGGCCUUCUUGGUGUCAACGGAGCCGGCAAGACCACAACCUUCCGCAUGAUUAUCAACGAUCUUGCGCCCACACACGGCAGCAUCAAAGUCAGGUCCAACAGUGUUGGUUACUGCCCACAAGCCGAUGCCUUGUACAGUCCGCUGACCGGCACAGAGCUGCUGUACUGCUACGCCAGGAUCAAGGGCCUCACUGGGAAGCAGUGCGAGAUGGCCGUCCGUCGCGUUGUGCACCAGAUGAACAUGGAGCCGUACGUCAACAAUCGCAUUGGGACUUACAGCGGAGGAAUGAAGCGCUCAUUGUCGACUGCCAUAGCUCUCCUGGGUAACCCACAAGUCAUACUCAUGGAUGAGCCAACAACUGGCAUGGAUCCAGUCGCCAAGCAAGCAGUGUGGUCUAACGUCCUCGCAUUGAUCAAGAACGGCCACUCUGUGAUUCUCACAUCACACAGCAUGGAGGAGUGCGAGCUUCUGUGCACGCGUCUCGCGAUCAUGGUGAACGGUCGUUUCCAGUGCCUGGGCAGCCCUCAGCAAGUCAAGCAUCGUCAUGGCGACGGCUACACUCUUAUCCUCCGCAUCAAUGAUGAGACACUGGAUUGGAGCAGCAUCAUGAACUUUGUCAACGACAGGUUUCCUGAAGCCAUCCUGAAGGAGAGGCAUCACAACAUGGUGCGCUUCCAGUUGCCCCUGGCAACCAGGCGCCUGGCGGACAUCUUUGGCGCUGUGGAGGAGAACAAAGCCCGCCUCGGCAUCCAGGAGUAUUCCGUUACCCAGACAACGCUGGACCAGGUGUUUGUCAACUUUGCCAAGCGACAAACAGACGGCCACAAGAGCGGCAAGGAGUCUGUCCAAGAGUUCACCAAUCAGGCAUUCACAACUGCCGAUGAAGCCUAAACAAAGCCUAACAGAGCCCACAUACACCAGAGGCGCUGUUACAUUCUAACACAGCAUUCAGAAAUAGUUUUCCAUUUUUUUUUAUGAAGUAAUAUUUGUGACAAUGCAGCUUUUACUAAUUGUUACGUUUUCAUUUUAAUCCUAAGAAUAAAUAUUGUAGAACAGUGAUGGGUUGUGUUAAGUAGUGUUAAACAUUUCUGUAAGUUUGUCAAAAGUUUAGUGGACUUUCCCGUGAUUGGUCUGAGAAGAAGUAAUAAAUAACUGUAUGUUUAUUGCAGCCUUCUAUAUUUUGUACGCACUAAGAAAUGCAAAGUAGUACUUAGAUGUGUUAGGCCUACUCACAAGCUGUAUAUUUUAUGUUUUUUUUAACACAAGGCCUGUAUAUAAUGCAGCCUUCUAUAUUUUGCACGCACUAAAAAUGCAAAGUAGUGCUUAGAUGUUGUACUCACAAUUUGUGUAUUUUAUGUGUUUUUUUAAUACAAGGCAUGUAUAUGAUGACAGUCAGUAAUCCAAUUUUUUAAAGAAUCCUUUUUCAAUUGUGCCCUAAUAGGACGAUUAUUUGAUUGUUGAAAAGGGAUUUUGCAGUAGUGAAUGGGGUUUUAAAAGUGAUUUGUUCAAACAAUUGUUAAUGCUGACAAAGAAAAGUUGCUUGACCCCUUUAUGAUCCCAGGAUAUUUUCCCUCCAAAAUCAUUCAGUCUGCUGCAAAACUAAUGAAUGGUCCAUUCAUCCUGCCGAUUUCACAAAUUCUAACAGGACAUGUCUUCCCAUGUGCAUGGCUAAGCCAUGGUUGUUCUUGUUCUCCUUGGGGGGCAAGUGGGGGGGGGGGCUUGAGGUUACAAUGGAGGGGCACCCAAUUUGAUCAUGCUGAGAGGUAGACCAGUUUUUUUGACUGGACACCGGACCUCCAUGAAAUAAAAUAUGGGGGGGGGGGGCUGGAAACCAUCUUCCCACGGCAACGCUGUUCAAAACCUAUAUCACGGGCAAUGUCAAACAAUAGCUAGCACUAAUUGCUUUCCACGGGACGUUAAAAUAAACAGCCACUCAUGAAAAACAGGGUUUUGGUGACAAUUACACCAAAAAUCAAGGGAAAAAGGCACUUUAUGUUCAACCCGCUAAUCAUGGUAACUCAUAGGACAGUGCUUUUAUUUUCUUCAGGUGCGGGGGGGGGGGGGGGGGGGGGGGAUGCCGGAUGCACCACCACGCCAUAGCUAUGCCGUUGCUCAUGUAAAAUAGUGGCAUAAAACAGUCUUCCCUUGUUGCGUGGCUGGUAAAAGAAAUUGAAGAUUACAGCAUUUCCGUGUUUUUAUUUGGACCCCUCCUGAUGUAGACUGCUUUCGAUCUGUAAUGAUGGCAUUUAUAUGGUGGCUGGACUUGUAUGGUGGAGUGUUUCUGGGAAAGUCAAAUGUACUAUGUAAUCCAACCGUACAAAAUGAAUCGGAAGUCGCCAGAGUUGAGUUGCGGGCCCUUGAACAAACCUUUCACCGCGGAAAUAAGGAACCGUGUAUUUUUUUUGGGACCAAAAUCAUGUUCACAAACAAACAACAAAUGUAUGCAACUGAUCUUGUACUAAUAUUAAUCAUUCUUAUUACCAUAACUUUAGUAUUAAUUAUGAAAUGCUCUUAAUUAUACAUUUAGAGACUUGCUCUGUAGCAUGUGUUAUAUCUUUUGUAAGUUUGUGCGAAGUGUUCUUUUAUAAUUAUAGCAAACUAUACAAUUUGGUUUCAUUGUGGUAGAUGUUGUAUGUGUAAAUUUUUGUAUUUUCUAAAAAAAGAAAUGAAAAAAAGAAGUGCUCUUUUUUUAUAAUGAGUAAGGAAUGUUUUAUAUUUCAGGACUUUUUAUAUUUUUAUACACGUUUUCUGAGACCUCUUUUGUAUGUUGCACAGUGACCUCCAUGAAUUUGAAUCUGCUUCUAAUUACAGCUAUCGUUUCUAAUGAAUCUUCUAAUUGAGAAAGGAAAAAAAAAUUGCUGAAAAUGAAUAAAUAUCUAGGAAUAGUUUAUAACUGAUAAGCGGAUCUUUCAUAUAUACAUUUUGAUGAAGCAUUUAUGUAGAAUUAAUAAAAUAGCGAAUGUUUGUAAUAAA